AUGACAAGAAACUACUCUACGAACUGGUCGGCUAUCGUCUCUUUCAUCUCUGCAAAGGACCAACCGCAGCUCACUCUCUUCCUCGUACGCUAUGUAUUACAGGCAACGAUACAUGCUAUUUGGAGAGAGAGGAACUCUCGUCGACAUGGAGAACAACCACUCUCCUCAAACCAGCUUACAGCGACCAUUGACAAGAUUGUCCGUAAUCGUAUCUCGUCGAUCAGACAACUCGGAGACAUUAAAUACGAAGCAGCACUCCACACUUGGUUUGAAGCACGAAGCUAG